GUUGGAAAUGAAAACAAACAUAGUGUUUCUUUUUUUUAGGUUUUCUCCAUUUUGCUUUAGCUUUUCGCAAAAGUUUAAAAAAAAACCAAAAAUCUCAACAAAUGGAAAACCCGAGGUCGUUUUUUUCAACUUCGGGACCGCCGCAACUCUCCAGCCCAAGUUCCCUCUGCAGCCCGUGCCCGCGCACCUACUUAACGCGCCGUAGUUCAACCACCGGCCAUCUCCGCCUGAUUUGCCUCGUGCCGCUAACGCCAUCUUCGGCUGGCUCCAGCCUCCCGCACCCACCAGCGUCUCCCUCUCGGCCUACGCCACCCCCGCCCAAGUCCGCCGCGGGCCACCUCCCUAUCCAGUCGCCGCCUCCAGGCUGCACAAUCGACUGUGCUAGCCAAGCUUCUUCAAGAAACGUGUAAUGAGAUUUUUAAUUCAACAAUAUUUGGUUAGGGUUGUAAAUAGCUUGAGAAUGAGGGUUAUUUUAGGAAAAAAAUUUAAGUUAUUAAAUGGGUUCAUUUUGUAAUGGAACUAAACCAAGGGGACCAAAUUGCAAUAAUGUUUCCCCUACAUCCUAGUUCUACAAGUUCAAAUCAAGGAACCCUGGCGCCAUUUUUAUACAAAUACAUCUGAGGAUGUAUUCAGACUGCAUGUCCUAGCGAAAACAAACCCAAAUCGAUCUGAAUUCGCACCCCAAAAGCCUGGACCCACUGAAGUUGGGGAAAUGGAGAAUCGAAAUAAGGCUGUAUGCCCGGGAAACGAAGAGGUGGCAGCCUACUUGUUGAACAAGCGGCAAGAAUUAGCGCAGAGUGCCAAGGGCAUUUCAGAAAAUAUGGAUAUGACGCUUUCCAAGGCAUAUUCGAACAUUUGCAAUUGCAAAACCCCUAUCAAAACCCUAAGGGACUUGUCCCAAAUUAAGGGUGUAGGUAAGUGGAUUUUGAAGCAAAUGAAAGGGUUUUUUGAGACCGAUUCUGGUUCUUCUGAGAACGAUGAAUUGACCAAAAAGGGAAAUAAGAAAAAGGGACCAAGGCGCUAUAUCCCACAAAAGAAUUCUGUCGCCUAUGCCCUACUGAUUUCACUCUUCAGGGGGACAGAAAAUGGGAAUGAAUUUAUGUGCAAACAGGAACUCAUUGAUGCGGCUGAAACAAGCGGAUUGUCUCGUGUGCCAAUUGCUCCAGAAAAGGCAAAAGGGAAAGCUGGACACUUUGGGAGCUCACCAAGGGAUUGGUACAGUGGAUGGAACUGCAUGAAAACAUUGAUAUCUAGAGGCCUUGUCGUGAAGUCGAGCUGCCCGGCUAAGUAUAUGCUGACUGAAGAAGGGAAGGAAGUAGCACGUGAAUGCCUAUUGAGGUCUAAUAUAAAUGAUGCAAAUAAGAGUUUGGAUGGUGUGGAAGGAUGUCCGAACUUCAACCAAAGAAAAAAGUCGAGAGUGGAUGUACAAGGUGACCCAGAUGUAGAGUGUAUUAAUGGCGCUUCGGUUGGAAACGCGGCAGUUAUUAAUUUGAAGAAGCCGAAGAUAUCAAUAGAUGUGCCCACCGAAUAUCUUGAUAAGUUUGUCAGCAUGGGGUUUUCUAGGGAACAAAUCAUCCGUGCUUUCUCUGAGGUUAAAGAAACAUCCCAAAGAAAGGAGAUAUCUUCACUUUGGCCAUCUGUCCUUUGUCGCCUUCGAGAAGAUGACAUUUAUGGUUCAACUUCUGUACCCAAAUCUAUGACUGAUGACCAUCAUUCUAUGCCAUCAUCAGACCAACAUUCAAGUGGUCAAGCAGGGUUGUAUGCUGGUGAGAAUAUACAACCGCAAGAUAUUGCUGCAUCUAGCAACCAAAAGUCAACCCUUCAUGAUUUUGCACGGAGAUCAUGUAAUUUGAAAGCUUGCUCAUCUACUGAUUAUGCUGUGAGCAAGCUCAAUGUUCGAGGAUCAGAACCUAAACCAAAUACUUUAGCAAUGCCUCCUUUGGCAUUUGGGGAGAACUUUGGGGAUGUAUAUGAAGUAGUUCUGAUAUUAGAUAAUCGGGAACAAUUUGCUACGCAAGGAUCGCGUUCAAGGAAAAUUAUAGAGAACAUAUGUUCUCAGUUUCAAAUUCAGAUAGAGGUUAGAAGGUUGCCUGUGGGUGAUGGCAUUUGGGUAGCUCGCCAUAAGUAUCUUGGUAGUGAAUAUGUUCUUGAUUUUAUUGUUGAAAGGAAGAAGGUUGAGGACUUACGCCACUCAAUAAGGGACAAUAGAUAUCGAGAUCAGAAAAUGAGGCUGGUGAGAUGUGGGCUUAAGAAGAUGAUAUAUCUGGUGGAAGGUGAUCCAAAUUCCUCUGAGGCAGCUGAAAGCAUCAAAACAGCUUGCUUCACGACUGAGAUCUUGGAGGGGUUUGAUGUGCAAAGAACAAGUGGCUUAGCAGACACAUUGAAAAAGUAUGGUUAUCUUACUCGAUCAAUAAACCAAUACUACAAAUCUCUGGAUUCUGAGCAGAAGUUUGCUGGGGUUUGCCCUCCUUUUGACGAAUUUAUCAGAACAUGCGAGGAGUUGGACAAAAUGACAGUUAGUGAUGUAUUUGCAGUCCAACUCAUGCAGGUUCCACAAGUAACUGAGGACAUUGCUCUUGCUGUUUUGGAUAUGUAUCCGACAUUGCUCUCUCUUGCUCGUGCAUACUCUCUCCUGGAUGGUGAUGUUUUUGCCCAAGAGGAAAUGCUUAAGAGACAGAGUAACAACUUGAUCAAUGGGUCUGCCAGCAAAAAUAUUUUCUACCUAGUUUGGGGCACCUAGUUUGGAAUUUUCCACCUACACAUGUAUAUGCUUGUGUGUUUCUGGGUUGAUAAGUUGGGACUUCAACUGUAAAGGUUCUCCGCGAAAGAAGAGGGAAUGCAUGUGUUGCUUUUAUUACAGUUUCACUGUAAGAAUCAAUGUAAAUAAAUUUAUUUAGAUGUGAAUAAGAUUGUAGCUAAGUUGCUUGAGAAGAGCCUUACAACCGCGGCUUACCUUUCAAACAUUUCAUUCUGUAGCUAAAAGAAACAAUUUGGUAAGUUCUUGUUGAUGGAACUCAUGUGUCUAUUCUUUCCUUCCCUUUGUCUUUUAACAUUCCAUG